UAAAAGACCACUCUUUGACAAACCCUUAUUGAUUAUAAAGAACAAAAUAACAUCCAAAUAAAGACCACUUGUUUAUAAAAGACAUUGGGUUUCUCCCUUGGAUGGCCUAUGUUCACAGGGUUUACUGUAUUUGUGUUUAUUUAAGACAGCACAACUGUAUUAUUUAAUACAUAGCUGUAUUGAAAAAAGGUGAUACAUACGAUAAACACCUAUUAUCAAUACCAUUCAUUAUCAUGGCUGUUCAAAAUCAAUGUUACGAUCUUUUAUAAUGGAUUCACGCAAUUAAGACUGUAAUUAAAUUUCCGUAAAUUGAAUACUAAACUAUCCAAUACUGUGAAGCACGCCCAUUUAACUUAUUUCUGAAAAUCACUCUAAAUGCCUGGGUAUUUAAAAAUGCAAUAACAAAACAGGAGGACCUGUUCAAUGUAUUUCUACUCGAUAUAUAAAUUAGCUAUCAAGCAUGGUGAUUUAAAAGCCGGACUGAUAUAUCAGUAAACUUCAAUUAAGACAAUCAAAAAAAUAUCCUAUCGUUCAAUUGAAAUAGGCAAUUUACAUCUACCAUUAUAGAACUACAGAGGGCGAAAAAAACAAUGGAAUUAUAAACCUAAUAUCAAUGCAUGGCGUACAAAAGGACAAUAUUUUAAUGAAUACAAGAAUAUUUCUAUCUCUCAGAUUGGAAUGAUUUGAUAAGUUUUUGUACAAACAGUAAUACUUGAGUUGUUAGAUAUAAGAAUAUCAAUAAAAUGGGUCUAACUUGAUCGAAAUUUGUCUCCAUUUAUAGCAAUGGAGAGAAAAUGGGACUUAUUUCAAUGUCACUAGAUUUCUCAACUGGAUAUCAAAUAAAAGAUGACAAUGUUAUAUGUGUGAGAUGGAUUUAAGACGUUUAAACAUGCAUCCAUUACCAACAUCUCAACAUUUUUCAAAUAUACGUACAGACGAUGACAUAACUGCUGCCGUAACAAACUUCUUGCACAAUGAAGGCUCGAACCUUCACGGCAAAACCUGGCAGGAUACAACUGCUGAAGUCACUAAAUGGCUUGCAAGUCAGAUCCAACGCGAGCGUGAGGGUUGGCGUCAAAAGACCCGUGCAGCCAUGCAAGAGAUCGAGAAUCAUCGGAAAGAAGUGCUGAAAUUUCAAGCAAUUAUUCAGGAGUCAGUUGAACACAUGAAAAUUCUUGUAGAAUGUUGUAACCUACCGGAAGAGACCAUUUCUCAGAUAUCUGAACAAGAACCGAGACGGGCACUACCAAUGUAUAUAGAAUGUUUAACGGAAACUUUAAACUCGUUGAUGGAAGAUAGGAUUCUUUGUCUACAGAUUUUAAAAGCAGACGAGAGGUCAUCACAAGCUAGUUUACCUAGUCUACUUAAAGCUUAUAUUGAGGCUUUAAAACACCAUGCCGAACGGGCUCAUAAAGAGGCCAAGAACAGACUUGAAUCUCUUGAGUCGGUUAAUAAACAUAGUUUCUCUGAACUUGCAAAGAUGAAAAAAGCUAUUCAUAGGAAACAAGAAGAAGUUGAAAAACUACAUUCUAAACUGCAAGAAAUUCAGGAAGUUACAAUGAAAAAGUUUAAAGAAGUGAAUGACAUACAAAUUACAAAAGAUGAUAGGGAAUUUGAUGAUCAAUCUUCUCAAACUGACUUUCCGAUAACAUCUAAAACAAAAUCAAAUGAACGCCAUUCUUCCCCAUCAUCUUUGUAUAGUGCUCCAACACCAGUUCCACCAGCUGACCAGAAAAAUAUACAUAUUUCUGCAGAGAGACUGUCUAAAUUACGUAGAAGUGCCAAAAAGCUUGAAAACUCUCUGAAUGAUGCUCUGUCCCAAAUGGACACGUUCCGUAGUGGAAUGAAACCCACAAAAGUCACUCAAUCAAAUAUGUUCGGUACUCCAAGACCUUUCGGUCUACAAAACCUUCCCGAUGUUCCUGCAAACCUCAAAAAAGAAAUGAAACUCUUACCAUCGCCAAUGCACAUGUGGUCGACAAAAUUUGAAAUCAGCGGACCAAAAGUUCAUGAUGCGGAACUUGAACAAAUUAAGCAAAUCGAAAGAGAAAAGGAAGAGCGUAAAAGAAAAGCGAAAGAAAAGAGAAGGGAGGCUAUUCAGAACAGUCAAGAGAGGCUUGUUCAUUCGCAGCAAGAAGUGCCAACAUUUCGAUCUUUGAUGAAAUCAUUAGAUGAAGUAAAGAAGACCAAAGGGCGAAAUGUAAAACCAGUUGGACAAGUAACAAAAUGUCUUAGGUGUAAUAAAUUGUUUACAUUAAAUGAUAACCACAAAAAAUCUUGCAACUAUCAUCCUAAAGGUAAGGAAAGAAUAGAGCAGUAUUCGGACAGGGGAAAGCUAGUGAAGGUUACUUAUGUUUGGAAAUGUUGUAUGAUGGGGCCAGAUAACCCAGGAUGUACAUACGGACAACAUGUCUAGUGCGCUUAAACAAUUCUAUUAUAAAUUUUAGGAUAUUUAAUGGUUUCCAUGAUUUUUUUUCUUUAUCAACAUAAUUUUUUUUAUUACACAAUUUGUUUGCCUCUGAGGUUAACAUUUUGGCAUAAUUUAAAACACCUUAAAUAUUUCAAUUUGUACUAAGUUUUUUGACAUGUUUAUCUCAUCAAACAUUUCUUUUUCAUUUGACAGAAUCAUGCAACGUUCAGUAUUGAUCUAAUGCAUAAAUGAUGUUUUCAUACAAACUAUCUUGUUCAACAAAAAAAGAUUCAAUAACGGUUCAUUAAAAAAGUAUGAAGUCAACAUUUUGGCAUAAGUUUAUUGUCAUAUUUAUCUCAUCUGUUUUCUUUUGAAAGAAUUAUGCAAUGUAUCGUCUUGAUCUACCAUAAAAUUCCUAUUAAACGCCCCCGGGGGCUAAACAUUUUCCAAAAGGGGGGCUAUUAUUACAACACGUUUUUCUUAAAUCCAAAAAUCAUUGAAAAUACAUUUAGUGUAACAUGGGUUGGUAAUAACAUUAAAAUGUGUUAAGAUUUUAAAGUUCAUGUGAUACAUUUUUGUGUUUACUAUGAAAUUAAAUGGAUUCUGAAGGAGUUGAAUAAAAUUACGGAUUUAUGAGCAGAUUUUUUUCCAUA